UCAGUCAUAUGACCGGAAGUGAAGUAAUGCAAGUUCAGCCGUGAUUUCCUUGUUAGUAAUGGAUGCGAUGAUUUGGUGUUUAUGAGUUUACGUCCAUAACACAACUACAUAAUUUAACUGAUAAACGCUGUACAGUCUUUUUAAGUAAAACACAAGUUCAUAAUCUUUGUAAACAUGACGGCAAUGAACGACAGUUCUCUACGGAAAAUGCUGGCGAAGAUUUAUAAAUACAGGGAUCUGACCGCACGCGACUUAUCAAACGUAACGCCUCACUAUAAAGAUCUUAAACCUAUGAUGGACAACUACGUGUUCAAUGAUGGCUCUACCAAAGAGCUGCUGAGUCUCACAGGAACGGUGCCAGUAAACUACCGAGGAAAUGUGUACAACAUUCCCAUCUGCCUGUGGCUUCUAGACACGUAUCCCUACAAUCCUCCCAUAUGUUUUGUCAAACCCACAAGUGCCAUGAUGAUAAAAACCGGGAAACACGUUGAUGCCAAUGGAAAGAUUUACCUCCCAUACCUGCAUGAAUGGAAACCUCCCCAGUCUGAUUUGUUGGGACUAAUCCAGGUGAUGGUUGUGGUGUUUGGAGAGGAACCACCAGUCUUUUCGCGGCCCACUACUCAGGCAACUUACCCAGCUUUCCCGGCAGCAGGCCCACCUAACACUUCUUACAUGCCAAGCACACCAGGCUUGCCUUAUAGUCAAGGACACUCUGCCAAUCCAGGGGGAUUUCAGGGCUACCCUUAUCCUGCAGCAGCCUCUGGAUACCCCACUACCUCAGGGUCCUCUCUCUAUACCCCGGGGCCGUCUAUCACUACAGUGGGGCCCACUCGUGAUGGUACCAUCGGAGAGGACACAAUCCGUGCAUCUUUGGUCUCUGCGGUCAGUGACAAAUUGCGCAGGCGGAUGAAAGAAGAGAUGGAUCGAGCACAGGCAGAGCUGGAUGCCCUGAAAAGGACAGAGGAGGACCUGAAGAGGGGACACCAGAAGCUGGAGGAGAUGGUGACCAAACUAGACCUGGAAAUGACUGAUGUGGACAGAAACAUUGAUUGCCUCAAGCAGAAAGAUGAGGAGCUGACUGCUGCCCUGGAAAGAAUGCAGAAUCAAUCUGAGGACAAUGACAUUGAUGAUGUGAUUGUGCCCACCGCUCCUCUUUAUAAGCAGAUUUUGAACCUAUACGCUGAAGAAAACGCCAUAGAGGACACUAUCUUCUACUUGGGUGAAGCGUUACGUAGAGAUGUCAUUGAUUUGGAUGUCUUCCUCAAGCAUGUGCGCCUUCUCUCCAGAAAACAGUUCCAGUUGCGAGCCUUGAUGCAGAAGGCCAGGAAAAUAGCAGGCCUCAGUGACCUGUACUGACCUGCCCAAAUAAAUCAUUCUCCCUCUCAGCUAUACCACAUGGUAAACUAAAUUACAGACUUUGUGAUAUGAAGGUGAUUGCAAUUUAUCCAGGACCAAAACCCCCAAAUCUCUGUGAAAUGAAGAGUUUACAUUCAUAGCACCAUGAUUACAGACAACAAGUGCAUUAAAUAUAUCUUUAUUAUGUGAAAAAAAUAUUUAUUUAGUGACCUUUUUAAGGUUUGUCGAGAGGGAAACAAAGAAAGGAAAUCGAACAGUUGCAAGAGACAUUUUUGCUCAGCUAAGGAGUUUAGCAUAGCCUUAUAAAAACAGCAAUCGUUGCACUUUUUGUAACUUGUGCCUCAUAUUCUUCUAAAGUGUCUUUUCAGAUACAGGGUAAAGGUAAAGAAGUUUUGGAAAGACAGUCAAUAUGCUCAACCUGAAUGUUAGUCUUAUUUUUAUAUUGUUUAAUCUCCAGAUAUGUACCUGUACUAAAUAAUUCUCCUAAAAUCAGCACUUUGUUUUAUUUUUAGAUAAGUUAGAAAACCAAUCUACUUUAACAUCUCAGAAUAUAAUUGUGUCACUAUUAAUGCUUUAUCAUUUUCAUCCUGCGCUACAUAACACAUUUUGCAGUUCUGCUUGUGAUAACAGUUGUUAAGCAGUCAGUUUACAUGAAUGUACUUGGUUAAACUUCAAGCAUGUUAUGUAGUCAUCUUCAGAUUUAACUUAUCUAUUUGAGAUAUGAUGUAUAAAACCCACAUAGUAUGAAGGGAACUUUUUGCAGCAAAGAAUAUAAUUGCAUUAUAAUCAUGAAUCAAGUGUUUUGCUUACAAUCAAGGGAAACAAGGGAAUGACCAAAUCAUUAUGCAGUAUGUCUUUGAGGUAUAAUGGUAUUUAAAAUGUUAAAUGAAUAUCUAAUAAAAAAAAAAAUUAAAAAAAAA